CCUCACUGUUGCUCCCUGUUGUCUUGCAUGCGGUUUCACUCUCGAUUGUUUGCUUCUUUUCUUCCCUCCGCUUCUUCGUCCUUCUUUUUGUCCUCACCUUCACCUGCACGUCACCGCGCGUUCCGCUCCUUUUGUGGCAUCUCGCGACAUCGUAUACGCGACGAGCAUACCUCACUCAAAUCGAACGGAGAUCCUGCAAGGCUGUUGGCAUUUGAAACCAGGAUCUGCCUGCGGGCAAAACGUUCUAGAGUCAGACUUGCCUGCCUCCUCCCUCCACACCUCUGCAGAUUUUCUUCUUAAGCGCAAUGGCUCCCGCGACGUCGUCGCCUCGGUCGUCAGUAUUCGAGUUGCAGUCCAAUGCGCCUCCGCGACACCAUCCGAGGAGCAGACCGCAGCCCUUGCGCAUACGAACCUUCAGCGAGAGCAACGAUCGCAGUCUUGGCUUCAACGAUACUCCUCCGUACGAGCGUCUGCACACCAGGAACAAAUCCACGUCCAGCACGAUCGAGAAUGCUGCAUUGAGGCUGAGAACAAGUACCAUGUUCCAAGAAGACACAAUCGAAGAGGACGUCGAUGAGCGCUUUGAAGCAGACCUCAGCCCACGAAGCUCACUCGACACUGUCGCAUCAGAUGCCUCGACCUUCGCUGAAUCACUUGGUUCUCCACUGACCAGUCUAUCGAGCGCAAGGACCUCCCUCGAGGCCUCGCCAUCGUCCAUGAUUCACUUCGAUUUCAGCAAAAUCGAUUAUGAACUCGAACGCGCCAAAGUCCUGGGAGAAGGUCUCUGGUCCACCGUCUAUUUGGCGGAGCAAAAAUCGAGCAGCAAGACCGCUUCCAGCCCCAGCCUGCCCAGAAAGCUCUUCCGCAAACCUCGCACACUCUCUGCACCACUUCUCUUCGCCGUCAAGACCCCGUCCCGCCAAGAUGCAAAGGACGUUUUCCUCCAAGAAGCACGUAUCCUCUCUCGCCUCCAACGCCGGUCCAGUUCACACACGUACAUCGUACCCUUUUACGGCCUGGACACUCGCAACGACUCCCUCGUCUUCGAAGCAGUAAUUGGAGGCUCUCUUGAACACCUCUGCAAUCGCCUCAAACAAAUGACUGAAGUCGCUCGCCACCUUGAAGUCAUCAAUCUCUUUCCCGGAAUCGCAUACGAUCUCAUCGCCGGCCUGGAAUUCCUGCACGACAAUGGAGUCGUGCACGCAGAUAUCAAGUCUGCAAACAUCCUCUUGGACAUCUCCUCGCCAUACCAUCAUGCAACAACAUCUCAUUCUUCUCAUCAUCAUGAAUACCAACCCCCCAUCAUCCGCGCGCGAUACAUCGACUUCUCCGCAUCUUUCGUACCCUCAGGAGACGCAGAAGAUACGAUACCACCAACCGCCGGCGCCGGCACCUGGGACUUCAUGGCCCCCGAACAACUCCGUCUCCAAAAAGACCUCUCAACACCCACUCCCGCAAGCGAUAUCUGGAGCCUCGGAAUCACCCUCUUGACCAUUCUCGUCGGAGGCUCACCCUACACGGCAGCAUGCGGCGGAAGCAAUUUCUUGUUGCGGGAAGCGAUCAAAAGCGGAGAUCCAUUGGGAUUUGCGAGAAUGGAUCCUGUGCCGAGGAAGAGGUUAGCGGCGUGUCAGAAUUUGGUGGAUUGUUGUCGCUUGGCGUUGAAGAAGGCUCGAGAGAAUCGAAUUACGGCGAGGGCGUGGAUGGGUUGGUUGGAUGAAUGUGAGUGGAUUGAUGGGGUGUUGUGUAGUGGUAGUGGUACCUAGCGGCUGCGGUGGUGGUGGGUCGUUGGAAUGUAUGUUUUGGGAAGGUACCUUACCUUACCUUACCUCGUCAGGUACGGAAGGUAGGUAGUCAUGUGGUCGCAGAGGAAUACUUAACUGUACCUACCUUAGGUACUUGACCUCACGGUAACCGUGAAAACGCAGAGUUUCGAGAAUCGGUCUUCAUUCAUGCACUCUCUCCGUUAGCUGCUAUAUCCAGUCUACUGUUGAUCUUAGUGAAGUCGUAGCGAGCCAAAUCAUGCUGGACCAGCUGAGUUACCAGCAGAUGCGAUGCUCUCCUGAGAGCGCGCGGCACCAUCCAAAUCCUUAUUUCCAAUAAUCACGCGGGAGCACCAUGAGCACCAGCUCCUGUUCACGCCUGUCUGCUCUCGUUCGAGGAACUUUUCACUAAUUCGUUCGUCUUCGUACUCCUUCACAAUGGCGCCCACAGGCACCAUCUUUCGCACUUUGGUCUUCACUCGCCCACCAAUGCCGACCAUUUCCUGGGUGCUGUAGCUACUACCGUUCCAACACCGGCCUUCGGAUUCGGCCUUGGCCGUUUCGAGCUCGAGAGCCGCCAGCUCUUCAGCGUCACAUUCGACGUCUUUCUGGACCAUGCGUGCGCCGAGGCAGUCAGAAGUUCGCCCACACUCGACCCCUUCGUUGCCUUCUCCGAGACCGGCGCCAAUGCCUCCGCAGUGACUAUAGCGUCCUCGCCACUUCCAUCCGCGUUCAUAUGUCGUAUCGGCUGUCCGCAUUGCAUGGCCACACGGAGAACAGAUCCAGACCACGUCGGAGCAGGUGCAAGGAUCUCUGGCGUACUUACGAUACUCGCGAGCUGAUAUGCUUUGGGAGCUCACGUGCACGCCAGCCUCAUCGAACGCACAGAUUGUGCUGGUCAAUUCGCUCAGGGGCGCUUUCAUGCAGGUCCGACAUAGCCUUCGAUGUCGAAGCUUCACUGCAGAGGACGGCGGGGCUUUGAUGACACAAUUUCUGCAUAAAGUUCUACCGCAGCUGCGGCAGUCACUGACCAUAUCUCUCGCACAAGCUCCCACUCUGCCCGAUGUGAUUCGUUCCACCUUGAUACCAUGGCGGCCGUAGGUAGUCCAGGCAUCACGGCUGGCCAGAAGUGCAGCCCCCAGUCGUUCCCCCGGACUGGAGUCUUCAUUAUGGCAACGCAGAGUCUUCUUCACAAGCAUCGCACGAUACUGGAGCAGGUUGGCCCGCACUUGACGACAUGUUUGCGCCAGGUCACUCAGAGUGGUGAGAUCGAUGUAGCUUGCCAGAGACGAGGCAAUAGGAUAGCACGAUAACGCCGCGGUAAAGGUGUUCAAGUUCGGAUUGGGCCUACUAUUGUCGUCUCCGACCAUGACUGGAAGUAUGGCGGCGACAUGCUGAUAUUGACGUAAUUGUGGUGUCUGGGCCUCAUCCAGAUCUAACAUGCGCAUGGCGGGGACAGAAGGCCGCCGGACGCAUCUGACGCCAAGAGUUUGAUAUUCUAUACGAAUGUUGAUUGAA